AUGGCUCGCUUUGUCGGCCUCAUCGACUCACUUCAGCAACAAUGCUACAAACAGACCAACAGAGUGGCUAUCUUGGAGUGCCAGCUCCGCAGCUUGAGAGACACAGAAGGAUCUACAGCCUCUAGGAUCUCUUCAUUGGAAGCCCUGCCCAAGCACGUGCUACUGAAGCAGGUUCUCGCCAAGCACGUUCUACUGAAGCAGGCUCUAGCCAAGCACGUACAAUGCUACGAACAGACCGACAGAGUGGCUGUCUUGGAGCACCAGAUCCGCAGCUUGAGAGACACAGAAGGAUCUACAGCCUCUAGCCCUGCCCAAGCACGUUUGACCCAAGCAGCUUUGACCCAGCGCAUCGAAGGUCAGAUGGACCGCCUCGUGCCCACGCUGGGACGUACAGUAGGCUUGCAAAUUGCCAUGGAGGACAACCGACAGGAGAUGGCUGACAACCGACAGGAGAUGGCUUGCACUUGGAACCUUGUCGAUUCACUUAACCAAAAAUGCUACAAACUGAACAACGGAGUGCUUGACUUGGAGCGCCAGACCCGCAGCUUGAGAGACACGGAAGGAUCUACAGCCUCUAGCGGAAGCCCUGUCCAAGCACGUUUGACCCAAGCAGCUUUGACCCAAGCAGGUUUGACCCGAGCGCUUUCGGAGCCUUGA